AUGUCGACCAGCAGCUAUCCCACCACUCCUCGUCAGAGCCACUACAAUGUGGUCCUCAUAGGGGGCGCUACCAGCGGGGCAUCAAUUGCCUGGCAUCUGAGCAACAACCCUGACUUCAAUGAGUCGGUUCUGGUCAUUGGACGGGACCCUUCGCUUGAGUACUCCGCAAUUAAGGCGAGCAACAAUUGCAUGCAACAGCAGUUCGCAGCCAAGGUCAAUAAAGAGAUUGCACAAUACGCGGCGGAGUUUGUCAAGCGCUUCGAUGCUAGCUUUGUUCCCGACCCCUGCGUGCCCGGAGUGGCGGUCAUGGCGGGCACCAAACUCUCGGUCGAGGCUCGACGACGCUACACGUACAUCUUCCCCGUGAACGAGCCCCUUCCGCAAGACUUGCCCUUGACUAUUGAUCCGUCCGGGGUUCAUUUCCGAUCGUACGCCGCGAAUGACUAUCUCGUGGGCUGUCCGCCCAUCGGGCCGGAUGUUGCGGUGGACGUGGACGACUUCAGCUUUGCGGAAGACGCGUGUGAAAAGAAGAUCCUACCAAUCAUCACUCUCCAGAUCCCUUAG